AAUUUUUAAAUAAUAUUAUUUAUAUUCAGACAGCCAAGAGUCACCGAAUUUAAAUGGAGGGUGUUACCACAACCAUUAGAUGGUGUUAUUUAGAUCGGGAGGUUUCUAUUUAGAAUGACUUUUUUAUCUACAAUGGAAGCUUCAGGAAAUGAUGAUCCACCUGUUGGAAAUUCAAGCUAUUUAUCGGAUUCCGAUGUGGAACGAGAUGAUGAUAUUCCAACACUUGAUGUCUCUGCAGAUGAAAUUCAGUUGUCACCAGAUUCAUGGCAGUCAGUUGAUCUGGGGUUGAAAGAAAUCAACCAUAUUCGGUCAUGUACGUCAACACCAACUUCUAUUAAAUAUAAUUCAACUUGCCAACCACUAAACGGCGUCAGUCAUGUGCCAAACUUAACGCUACAAACAAAUUUACCAAUACAAAAUGGAGAUGCAUUAAAACUUGACAUAAAUGAACAAGAUACUAUAGAUGAAAGAAAUGGUUCAAUAAAUCCAAAUUCCCCUGAAUUUCUUGAUAUAACUUUACAAACUACUGAGGUUGAUGAACCUGCACCUGUGGUAAAUAAACCUGGAUCUUCCUUACAUUCAAAGAAGGGAAGCAUUACCUCACUCUUGGGAUGGAUAUCUUCUCCCUUGACAUCUUCACCACAGAAACAAAUUCCACAAGUUGUUAAAACAAACAAAGAAACAUCUUCAACCCACACCGCACCAAAAUCCCCAAUUUCUUUCAGAAAAAAAAGAUUUUGGCGAAGCAAGGAGCCUCAACCAAUGUCAACCACAGCUCUUAUAUUAGAAGACCGGCCAAGCAAUUUACCAAAAAAGUCUGCUGAAGAAUCAGAGAAACAUCGAUUACAGUAUAAAAAGAUGGUGGAAAUUGCAAAGAAAAAUGAACUCAAAGAUGUUCAGAAGAGAAACAAGUUAAUGAAAGAACAAAGAAAACAAGAAGACACAAUUACUUCUGCAAGUUCACAGUGGAUUUCACAAAUCUUACCAAACUGGGAAGUUAUGCAUCAGAACAACAAGGUUCGUAUGUUAUGGUGGCAGGGACUCCCUCCUAAUGUAAGAGGAAAAGUAUGGCAGUUAUCCAUAGGAAAUGAAUUAAAUAUAACUGAAGAUUUAUAUUCCAUAAUGGUUGUAAGGUUUCAAGAAAAGAUUCGCUCGAUGCACGAAACACAAAGUUCUUGCAGUGAAGCAGACACAAUAUCAUUAUCGGCGGAUAGGGAGAGUACAGUGGAACUAAUUCGGUUGGAUAUUUCAAGAACUUUUCCACACCUUUGUAUUUUUCAGAAAGGCGGACCUUACCACGAUGUAUUACAUGAUAUACUUGGAGCAUAUGCUUGUUAUAGGCCAGAUGUUGGUUAUGUACAAGGCAUGUCAUUUGUUGCUGCCAUGUUGUUACUGAACAUGGAACCAGCAUAUGCAUUCAUAACAUUCUCCAACUUACUGAAUAAACCCUGUCAACUUGCAUUCUUUAGAUUGAACGAAGAGUUGAUGAAAAUAUAUUUUGCUUCGUUUGAAGUGUUUUUUGAGGAGAACUUGCCAAGACUAUUUGCACGAUUUAAACAUAACAAUUUAACACCUGACAUCUACCUAAUUGAUUGGAUAUUCACAAUGUUUAGUAAAGCUUUAUCGCUUGACAUGGCAUGUAGGGUGUGGGAUAUGUUUUGUCGGGAUGGAGAAGAAUUUUUGUUUAAAACAGCAAUUGCCAUACUUCAUUUACAUGAAAAAAGUUUGCUUGCAAUGGAAUUUAUUCAGGCUGCACAGUUUCUUACGAGGUUACCAACUGAUUCAUUCACCCAUCAUGAAUUGUUUUCCCAUAUCUGUGAUGUCACAAUGGUAUCCCGUAGUAACCGUCGUUGGAAAGAUGUUCUUUCUCUUCUUGGUCAAAGUGAUGUCACUAUAUAGUUAUUUAUUGUAAUGUAAUUUAUUUAUUACAGAGAGGUUGUGAGGUCAACUUUUAUAAUUUGCAAUCUAGCCUCACACUGUGACUUUCUAUUUAUGUAUUGAACAGUAUCUUGUUCAUUAUAGUUUUCAUUUUUGUCCAUAUUCCAACAUAAAAAUGUUCAUCAAUUUCAUAUAAACUGAAUUAUAUUUAUAGAAAGUUGUAACAGAUAACUAGCUUGAGUGAUUUCAUCGUGUUAUAUGUAUAUAUAUAUAUAUAUAUAUAUGCUCAUUUAUUUUUAAUAUUCUACUUAAUACCUAUGAUGCAAUAGAACAUGUAUUUGUUCGAGUCAACAAAAACAGUUACUUGAUGUACUUAGUUGCUAUUAAUUUUUUUCAUCUCAUUUUUAACAUAAACAUUCGUUUCAUCGUUGGUCAGCCAUUGAUGUAUUUCUACCGAUUCUGCAAAAAAAAUACAUUUCUUCAUCGUCA